CAGAGUCCGGCGAGCGCCAGAAGUUAGAUCGUCGCUUUAAUCGUUCGCUAAUACAUCGCCCGCCGCGCGCAAGCUGACGAGAAAAGACGCGACUUACCUUUUCUUUCGUUAUUUUUCCGUUUUUCUUCUCCUCGACCCGAUACUUAUUAUUAUCCGUGCAAAAAUGACUUCGGCCGUCGGUGCGAGCAAUAAUGACGACAAGAAGAUCAGUGCCAAGAAGCAGCAGUGGGUCCUCGAGAAUGGCUUGGAGAAGGAGGUCGACGUCUCUCCUGCAGAGGGCCAGUGGGGCGUGCGCCACUUCCAGGCGUUCCUCUUCUUCCUGGGCAUGUUCAUCGCCUACGGGCACAGGGUCUGCUUCUCCAUCGCCAUCCUCGGCAUGGAAGAGGAUUUCGGCUGGCUGUCGCGCGAAAAGUCCAUGAUGCUGAGCGCCUUCUUCUGGGGCUACGUCCUUACCCAGGUACCGGCCGGUCAGCUCGCGGGUCGCUGGAGCGCCCAGAAGAUUCUCGUGAUCGGUAUGCUGCUUUGCGGCCUGGCCACCGCGGCCAUACCCUGGUUCGUCACCGCAGAUCGGCCCUGGGUCGUGCUUCUGGCGCGCUUCCUCAUGGGCUUCGGCCAGGGCGCCGUGCUGCCCGGCAUACACACGCUGCUGGCCAAGUGGGUGCCCAAGGGCGAGCGAGCUCGCCUCGGCUCGUUCGCCUACUCGGGCGGCCAACUCGGCACGGUGGUCGCGAUGCCGAUCUCGGCCCAGCUGUCGACCACGGCGAUCGGUUGGGCGGCGGUCUUCUACUUUUACGGGGCGUUGUGUGCCCUGUGGGCGCUGCUGUUCCAGCUCUGCGGCUCGGACAGUCCGCAGGUGCAUCCGAGGAUCGGCGACGUCGAGAGGCUGUACAUCCUGAACAACACCGACGGCGCCUCCAAUAGUUCGAACAACGCCGAGAAACCAGCCACACCCUGGGGCUCGAUCUUCACCUCUGUGCCCAUGUGGGCCCUCAUAAUCGUGCACUGCGGCCAGAACUGGGGCUUCUGGUUCCUCAUGGGCUACCUGCCCACCUACAUGCAGAACAUCGGCGGCUUCGCCAUGGAGAAGACGGGCUUCUACGCCGCCCUGCCCUACCUCGCCAUGUGGCUGCUGAGCUUCCCCUGCUCCUAUUUGGCGGACUUGGCGCUGCGCCGUCGCGUCCAGGUCGGCACCAUACGCAAGGUCAGCAACUCGCUGGCCCACUGGGGUCCCGGACUGGCUCUGAUCGGCCUCUGCUUCGUCAAGGACCAGGCCGGUAUGGUGGCGCUGCUGACAGUCGCCGUGGGACUGAACGCUGGUUCCAUUUGCGGCUAUCAGAUCAAUCACAUAGAUCUGAGUCCGAACUUCGCCGGCACCAUGAUGUCGAUCACCAACUGUCUGGCCUCGGUGGUGGCCAUCGUCGCGCCCUUCGUAUGCGCUUUCAUCAUUACCGACGAGAAAAACGCCAGCCAGUGGCACAUCGUGUUCGGCAUCACCGCCUUCAUCUACUUCGCCGGCAAUCUGUGCUUCGUCGUCUUCGGCAGCGGCCGCGUACAGUCCUGGAACGAGCCACCGGCCAAGAGCGAAAAGUCCCAAAAGGACGAGCUGUCGACGAAUCUGUAGAUGACAAUAAAAGACACAUUGUACAUAUUGAAUAAUAUUUCGCUCUCGCUGCGGUGCGGCUCGAGAGUCUCAUUGUAAAUAAUUCAUUUUUUGAUAUUAGUUGUAAAAAAAAUUCAUUGUAAAUACAUCAUUUAGUUUCUAAGGAUAUUUUUCAAGUAUUACACAUAAGCUGAUCUAAAAAUGUAUAAAAAUUGUAAAUAAGAGAAUUAUAUAGA